AUGCCUCCAAAACCGAAGAAGAUCAAGAAAAGAGUGUCUUUCAGCAAAAUCGACUCGUUUUCAGACUCCAAAGAUAAAGGAACUCCAAGUCCUGACUCGCGCUCGGUGUCUCCAGAAACUGCCGAGACCUCUGCAGAUGAAAUCACAGACGUGUUCAACGUUCCGAAACCGCGAACGAGUGUUUUGCUGAUUCCGUUUCAGCUGCCGCUAAUGGGCUACGCAUUGUUCCACCAAUUUCACAUUAAUUCGCAGGUCUUGGAUGGAUUAUUAUCCUCUCUGAUUUCAUUGGCGGCCUUACAAUUCGUGCAAGGAUCCAUUCUGGUCAAGAACGUGACCAGACGCAAGAAGAUCUCUCUGUUUGCGUUCCCCAACGGUGGGGAACUGAUGUAUCUGGUUAUUUCUGCGUUCCUGACGGCCGUCGCAGCAUUACCUAUUUUCGUGGUACUGUUGGUGUUCGGAGCACCAAUUGGCUCCCUGUCCUUGGAAACGUUCUAUCUUUCGGGUCAUCUGGCUUUUCUCACUGUUUUCCCGCUUCUGGCUACCUAUAAGUUCACAGACUCGGAUGCCGGCUCAAUCUGGUACAACUUAGUCACCUUCCAGGUGCCAAACUUUUACGCAAACCAGGUGUAUCUACAAGCAGUGGGGGCUAUCGUUGGCUGCUGGCUGGGAGUGACGCCGAUUCCGCUUGACUGGGACCGCGAUUGGCAGCAGUGGCCAAUCACUCUGGUAGUGGGCGCCUACGGCGGAAGUUUCGUGGCCGCUACCAUUAGCUACCUCUACAAUAUUACAGUGCAAUAA